CCCUUCAAGUUAUGGGGUGCCGUUGCAAAGGCAGUAACCACCCUUCAUCUUGGUCUUGGUCUUGGUCCUCGCCCCCCAAACAAUAACAAGCGUCCCUAACCACGGACCAGCACAGGGUGGGUCUACCUUGAACAGGACACCUUCAGGUUAUGGUCUACUGCUCUACCUUGAACUGAACACACCACCAUUCUCCAAGAUACUCAAGAAUCUCAGUGCCAGACAUCGAGAAUUAGUUGAUAAGUCAAGAUUUGUGAGAAGAGAAGACCACUUGUAGGGCACCUUGUUUAGAGACUGCAAGGAAACCAUCUUCUGCCUAUAGAACACUCACCUGUGCCUCAACUAUUUCCACGCUAUUGAAUGAGCCUAUAACAUGGUGACAACGGAUGACACGGUUGAGGAAAAAGAGGAGAAGAAGCCUCCUGUAUUCAAGAACCCUGAGUUUCAACACACAGCCUUCCGCAGCAGCAAGAAGAGGGGAUGGAGGAACCUCAAGCAGAUCAUCUCCCUAGAGAGGGCGCACACUUGGCCUCAUGAUGCUGUGCACUAUAGCAGCAUUGAUGCCCCGCCCUCCUUCACCCCAGCCAAGAAGUAUUCAGAUGUUUCUGGCCUACCAUCAAACUAUACGGACCCCCUAACAAAGCUCAGAUUUGCUGACUCAUCUGAAUUUUAUCGAGUCCGAGAUCUUCCAAUGGACAUUGUGAAUGGACUCUUAGAACUACGGAAAGCAAACAGCAUUGUUGGUUGAUGGCCAUCAGACUUAGAAGAUUUUAGGACGUCCUGGUCUUAGUUUAAGGUUCAUAAACUCCAAGAAUAAGUAAUGAGUCUAAGAGAAAUUAUAUCACAUUCAAAUCUUUACAAAAGAUCAUUAUUAGAACUGCAGGACAUUGUGUGCAUUGUAAUAUUUUACAUUUAGUCCCUAAUGUAUUCACAGGUAAUGAAAUUCAAGGAAAUGUGAACUUCAUAUAGAAAAGGAUUGAAAGUUCUUACAAACAUUUGUAUGUUUCACUAAUUUGUUUGUAACUUGGAGCUCAAGGUGUGUAUUAAAGCAAACUCUUAGUAAUAAGAAGUAUUUUGAUAUCAGUAAAA